AUGGACGACCUCUUGAACCUCGAGCUUCUGUCGCUCGUAUCAAAGGUUACGUCUGAGCUGCAGAACCAUUUGGGCGUCUCCGACAAGACCCUCGCCGAGUUUAUCAUCGCCCAGCGCGUCGACGCCGAGGACUACGAUGCCUUCAAGAAGAAACUCGCCGCCAUGGGCGCCGACUUCCCCCCGAGUUUGGUCGAGAGCGUCGAUCGUCUCGUAUUGACCAUGCACCCGAAGAUGAAGGGCAAGGCGCAGAAGAACGGCGCCGGCGCCGGCGGCAGCAGCGAGGACCAACACCACCGAAGCACUGCCGAGAAGGAGCAGAUCUUCAGAGGUCUGUCUGUGCCGGAUAAGCCAGUGGCAUACGACAACAUCGGAGACGGCGUGGAUGCCAUCGACGACACUCUGGCCUUGUUGGAAGGAUUGGAGGGCAAGGCGCGGAAAGAAAAACCAGACUCGCGCAAGCGCAGUCGCAGUCCAGACGAUGGUCGCGAAGCGCGGCGGAAACACAGAGGUCGGUCCAGGUCAAGGGAAAGAAGGAAACGAGACAAAUACCGGUCGCGGUCUCGAUCGUUCGACGAUUACGAAAACGGGCCUUCUCUGAAGCAGAGAAGCAAACGACGCAACUACGACAACGAGGACGACGACCGGUUCAGGAGGGCACCUGAACCCGAGGUCGACGACGCCCCGCAGCUGCACAAGGUUUAUAGCGGACACGUUACUGGGAUCAAAGAUUUCGGAGCGUUUGUCAACCUACACGGUGUUCGCGGCAAGGUUGACGGCUUGGUUCACAUCUCAAGGCUGGUGGAAGGCCAACGGGUCAACCAUCCCUCUGACCUGCUGACCAAAGGCCAGGAGGUCAAGGUCAAGGUUGUCAACAUUGAAGGAAACCGGGUAGGCCUUUCCAUGAAAGAGGUCGACCAAGAGACCGGUCUGGAUCUUCACCCAGAAGUGAGGAUAUCGUCGGGAGCGAACCUGGAAGCGCUGGGUGGCGGCGGCAGUCGAAACAAUAACAUGUUUGACGACACGCCGAUGCCGCCACCGCAACAUCAGCCUCGUCGACAAAAGAAGCGCAUGACAUCACCGGAGAGAUGGGAGAUACGACAGUUGAUCGCAUCUGGUGUUGCAAAGGCAUCCGACUACCCCGACCUGGAAGAAGACUACAAUGCAACCCUCAGAGGCGACGGCGAGCUGGAGCUGGAACAGGAGGUCGAUAUUGAGGUCAGAGAGGAGGAGCCGCCGUUCUUGGCGGGUCAGACGAAGCAGUCACUCGAGCUGUCACCCAUCCGCGUUGUCAAGGCGCCAGACGGCUCAAUGAAUCGAGCUGCCAUGUCGGGCACUGCGCUCGCAAAGGAGAGAAAGGAGCUCAAGCAGCAAGAGGCAGAAGCAGCGGCGGCCGAAGACUCCAAGGUCGACCUCUCUGCGCAGUGGAACGACCCGAUGGCGGACCCUGACAAGCGCAAGUUCGCCAGCGAUCUACGGAAUGCCAAGUCGCAGAUGGGACAGAAUAAGCCCGACGCUGUGCCGGAAUGGAAGCGAGCGGUGGCGCCAAAGGACCAAGCAUUCGGCAAGCGGACCAACAUGAGCAUCAAGGACCAGAGAGAGUCUUUGCCCGUUUAUGCGUUCCGACGCAAGUUCUUGGAUGCUGUCAGGGAGCACCAGGUCAUGGUCGUCAUUGGAGAAACCGGCUCGGGCAAGACGACGCAACUGACGCAGUAUCUCGCCGAAGACGGCUUCGCCAACCACGGAGUCAUCGGCUGCACACAACCCCGACGCGUUGCCGCCAUGUCCGUCGCGAAGCGUGUGGCUGAGGAAGUUGGUACCCCCCUCGGUGAGGCUGUCGGAUACACGAUUCGUUUUGAGGACAAGACCAGCCCGGCGACCAAGAUCAAGUAUAUGACGGAUGGUAUGCUGCAGCGUGAGAUCCUGGUUGACCCGGAUCUGAGGCGGUACUCGGUCAUCAUGCUCGACGAGGCCCACGAACGCACCAUUUCUACGGAUGUCUUGUUUGCGCUGCUAAAGAAGACGAUGAAGCGCCGGAAGGACUUGAAGGUCAUCGCCACAUCAGCAACGCUGGAUGCCGACAAAUUCUCGUCAUACUUUGACGGAUGCCCCAUUUUUACCAUUCCCGGCCGAACGUUCCCUGUCGAGAUCCUCUACUCUCGCGAACCGGAGUCCGACUAUCUCGAUGCCGCACUGGUCACUGUCAUGCAGAUCCACCUCACCGAGCCUCCUGGCGACAUUCUGCUCUUCUUGACAGGCCAAGAAGAAAUCGACACGUCUUGCGAGAUCCUGUAUGAGCGGAUGAAAGCUCUGGGGCCAAACGUCCCAGAGCUUAUCAUUCUACCGGUGUACUCGGCACUUCCUAACGAGAUGCAGAGCCGCAUCUUCGACCCUGCACCUCCUGGCUGCCGAAAGGUAGUCAUUGCCACCAACAUCGCUGAGACCUCCAUCACCAUUGACAACAUCUACUUCGUCGUCGACCCCGGUUUCGUCAAGCAGAACGCCUAUGACCCGAAGCUCGGCAUGGACUCGCUUGUCGUGACCCCGAUUUCACAGGCGCAGGCCAACCAACGUGCUGGUCGUGCGGGACGUACGGGGCCUGGAAAAUGCUUCCGUCUCUACACCGAGGCUGCCUACCAGUCGGAAAUGCUGCCGACGACCAUCCCCGAAAUCCAGCGCCAGAAUCUGUCCCACGUCAUUCUCAUGCUCAAAGCGAUGGGCAUCAACGACCUGCUGCACUUCGACUUCAUGGACCCUCCGCCCAUCAACACGAUGCUCACGGCGUUGGAGGAGCUCUACGCCCUUAGCGCGCUUGACGACGAGGGUCUUCUCACGCGUCUGGGGAGGAAGAUGGCGGAUUUUCCGAUGGAGCCGUCACUGGCCAAGGUGCUCAUCAUCUCGGUAGAUAUGAAGUGCUCAGCCGAGAUGCUCAUCAUCGUGGCGAUGCUGAAUCUGCCCAACGUGUUUUACCGGCCCAAGGAGAAGCAGUCACAAGCGGACCAGAAGAAGGCCAAGUUCCACGACCCGCACGGCGACCACCUGACUCUGCUCAACGUGUACAAUUCGUGGAAGCAGAGCAGCUACUCGAGCCCGUGGUGUUUCGAGAACUUCAUCCAGGCGCGGUCGAUGAAGCGGGCCAAGGACGUACACGACCAACUCGUCAAGAUCAUGGAGCGGUACCGGCACCCGAUCCUCAGCUGCGGGCGCAACACGCAAAUCGUGCGGCAGGCGCUCUGUUCGGGCUUCUUCCGCAACGCGGCGCGCAAGGACCCGCAGGAGGGCUACAAGACACUCAUCGAGGGCACGCCAGUGUACCUGCACCCGAGCUCGGCGCUGUUCGGCAAGCAGGCCGAGUGGGUGAUUUACCACACGCUCGUGCUGACGACCAAGGAGUACAUGCACUGCACGACGAGCAUCGAGCCCAAGUGGCUCGUGGACGCGGCGCCGACCUUUUUCAAGGUGGCGCCGACGGACCGGCUGUCGAAGAGGAAGAAGGCCGAAAGGAUCCAGCCGCUGCACAAUAAGUAUGCGGGCGAGGACGACUGGAGGCUCAGCGCGCAGCGGAAGGGCGGGCGCGGCGGCGGCGGCGGCGGUACGUGGGGUUAG